UUCAAAUUACUGGUUUAUGGACUGACAUCCAGAAUCACGCGAUGCAUUUAGCGUCAAAUGCAGAAAGUCUCAUAUUGGACGUGACAAAUAAUACUGUCGAACAAUUUAACAAUGUUAUUGCAAAAUUUAUUGGUGGGAAACGAGUAAAUUAUACCACCAGAGGGUCCUAUCAAGCACGAUGCUUUGGCGCGGUCACAUCGUGGAACAGUGACUUGGCUAUACAUUCACGUCUGUCUAAAAAAAUUCAAGGUUGUAGUCCUGGAAAAUACACUGAGACAUUUGUUGAAAGAAAAAGACGAACAAAACAGAAAACAGAAAACUACCGAAAGAGAAAACUUUCGUUUGCCCAAGGUGGAACUAGCAAAAGACGAAAAGUCACUGGACCUGACGAAAAUUACGGUCGGCUAGAUUUGGAACCAGAUAUGCCUGCAGAAGUAUUUGAGGACAAGAAAAAUAAGUUUGUUUCUCAAUUAAAACUCACAGAAGCAAGUGCCAAAGAGCUCGAAAAAAAUACAAUUGGUCAGAGUGAGAAUGAAUUGUGGGCAAUGGAAAGGCGCAAGCGUAUCACGGCGUCAAAUUUUGGAAAAAUAUGCAAGCUUCGGAGAAAAACCUCGGUUGCAGGCUUAUUAAAAUCAUUACUCUAUUCACAAUUUAAAGGCACUCCUGCGACUAAUUAUGGAAAGGAGAAAGAAGACGAAGCCAUUAAACAAUUUUCCGAAGAAACCGGACUGUCCGUUGUCAAGUGCGGGUUGUUCGUCGACAGCUGUAAAGGUUUCCUGGCUGCAAGUCCUGAUGGACUUAUUAAUGAGGAUUCCAUUAUUGAGGUGAAAUGCCCAUACAAGAUUGUAGAUAUGACUCCAGAAGAAGGUAUACGAAAGAAAAAAAUUGACAGCUGUAUACUUCAGGAUAACACUUUAAAAUUGAAAAGAAACCACAAUUAUUAUUAUCAAGUACAAGGUCAAUUACAUAUAACACGCCGAAAAUUGUGUUAUUUUCUUUUGUGGAGCCCUAAGGGAUUCAUUUAUGAAAAAAUAGAAAGAGACGAGGAAUUUUGGAAAAAUAUAGAACCAAAAUUAGAAAAAUUUUUCUUUGAAUGCCUUCUGCCAGAAGUAAUUGAUGGUCGCAUACCAAGAAAAUUGCCUGUAAGGGAAAGAAAUUACGACUGAAUAAAUAUUUUUUUAGUUAGAAAUUAUGUUAUAAUUUAAAUACCUACAACCCCCACUUCUUUAAAAACCUUUUCCAAAAAAUACACUGAAAAGAGUAAUAAACUUAAAUUUCGGAAGAAGUUUCAAGAAGUUUCUUGACUUUA